GUGAAAUUAUGUCUGUGCGAUACUUUUUCUGGGGAUUUUCUUUCAUCUUCAUGGUUUCCUUUAUACUGUCGUUCUACAUGUAUUGGAUGGGUCGACCGACACAGCAGGUGGUAUAUAGACGUUCGGAAGGAAACAAGAUUGAACUCACUUGGCAAGAAGCUGAACUGUUAUUUAUCGAAUUUGUUUCAAAGAAGACGUACAAUUGUACAGCGGUUGAAGCUGUUGGAAGCACGAGCAAAAGCAGUUAUGGUGAAGGCAUUCACCUUACCUGCAUGGACAAAACAUACCAACCAAAAUCCCAAUGCAUCGUAUACUCAUUUGGUAUUGCAAAUAUAUGGAACUUUGAGGAAUCACUUGCUGGACGUGGAUGCCAGGUGUUUGCCUUUGACCCCAGUAUGAAUACUGAAAGUCACAAACGAAUGGAGAACCUAUGGUUCUAUAACAUUGGGUUAGGCAGAGUUGAUUCCGAUAACUUUACUCCACGUGUGGAUCAAUAUGUCAAGGAAUCCAAGCUUUUUACAUGGAAAGUGCGAACGAUGAAGUCUAUUAUGGAAAUGCUAGGACACACUAAUAAAAUGAUAGAUGUGCUUAAAAUGGAUAUAGAAGGCUACGAAUUUGACGUCAUCUCGUCAAUGAUAGACGAUGGUACAAUAAAACAAAUGCGGCAGUAUGUGGGUGAAUGGCACAUAUUUGGAGAUCAGAAAUAUGACUAUCCUACAAAAUAUUCGAUUGCAAAACAACUUUGGAGUUAUGGAUUUAAAACAUUCAAUGCGGGUGUCCAUCCUCGAUGUGAUAAAUAUUGCUUCCAAAUCGAUUUAGGAUUUGUCAAUACCAAACUUGGAAAAUAAAAACAGUAUUACCAUAAAGAAAUCCUUUAUUUAGAGAAAAUGCUUUGAGGUAUGGUCCUAAACGAUGGUAUUGGAAAAUUGAAAUGCUGAAUGAGCAUGGUGUAAAAGUGGUUUUGAAAAAUGCCAAAUUUCUCUUUAUGUAGGUUAUUUGUGGUUUAUCAUUUUACAUUGAUUCUGAAAAUAUUGGUGUCCAGUUUUUCAGCGUUUUUGAAAUAUGCAGAUUUUUACCCCCCCCCCCC